AAUUAAUAGAAAUGACAACAAAGAUAAAAUAAGCUUAUAAAAUUAUUUUAUAUAUCUGUGCGGAGACAUGAAAUUAUAUCAAACACGGGUUUAUGUCGAUUCUGAUAGCCGUUAAUAAUCAACAAGCUUUCUUACACAUAAGCAUUGACUAACUCGUAAUGGCACCCACUAAGUUUGGUGUCAACUGUCAAUAUUUUCCGAGAUCUAAAAAUAUCAGGUGGGGAAAUGACUGAUAUCGAUAAAAUGGUUGAUUGAAAAAUGUCAUGGAUAUCGCAUAUCGCAGUAUUUAUCUGUUUAAUAUAUAACCUGUACAUUCAACACGAUCCGUUUAGUAGUAAUUUAUUAGUAGUGCAGUACGUAUUUACUUUGUUAUUAAUUUAAAAAUGGAUUUAAAUAAAAUGCAAAAUGAAUUUAAUAAAGCAAUUUCAUUAAUAAUUGAUGCUAAACGUGAUGACAACAAAUCGUUCAUGAAUAAUGAAGAAUACGAUCGUCGCAUAGAAGACGUAAAAUUAUCCAAGACUCAAACAAAAUGCAAAAAAGAUUAUAGAAAUAUUCGUAAGUACGACGUUAUUUUAAUAAAUGAUAAAGAACGCUUAAUUAAAGCCAUGAACCAUGAUAAUGACAGUAUACGUUAUUUCGUUAAAAAUGAAGAGCUAUUCAAUAUUCUUCACUCUACGCAUAUAGCUAUCGGCCACGGUGGCCGCGAUCGUAUGAUGGCUGAAAUAAAGUUAAAAUAUUGUAAUAUAACAAAAGAAACAAUAAUGAUUUUUUUGAGUCUUUGUACCGACUGUCAUAAAAAAUCAUCUAAUCCAAAAAGAGGUCUUGUUUCUAAACCAAUUUUGCAUUCAGCAUACAACUCGCGUGCACAAAUAGAUCUAAUUGAUAUGCAAUCGCAGAGUAUAAACAAUUACAGAUUUAUAAUGAAUUAUCAGGAUCACUUGACAAAAUUUGUUAUACUUAAACCACUAAAGACUAAACGAGCAGAAGAAAUAGCAUAUAACUUAAUGGAAAUUUAUACAACUUUUGGAGCGCCAGCAAUUCUACAUUCCGAUAAUGGAAGAGAGUUUGUUAAUAGUGUAAUUAAUGAAUUACAUACUAUGUGGGGCGAUGUUAAAAUAGUGCACGGAAAACCAAGACAUAGUCAGAGUCAGGGGUCUAUAGAACGUGCGAACCGGGACGUGGAAGAUAUGUUGGCGACAUGGAUGGCGGAAACAAAUUCAACAGAUUGGCCAUCUGGAUUAAAAUUUAUCCAAUUUCGAAAAAAUCGUGCUUUUCAUUCUGGUAUCGGUCGAUCACCUUAUGAGGCGAUGUUUGGUUGUCCAGCUCGUUUAGGUGUUGUAUCAAUUGGUUUACCGGUUGACGAAAUUAGCUCUUUGAAAUCUGAGGAAGAUAUUGAAUGUAUUUUGAAGUCAAACAAAGACGAGGGAGUCGAAGAAAAUGUACCGUGUACUAGUAACUUGGAACAAGUGACUAGUGACAUAGAACUUGUUGAUCAACGAAAACAAAAUAUACUUGAUGCACGUCAAUCAUCUGCUCACAAUUUAGAAAAACAGGCACUAAAAAUGGUUAAAACAUCCAAUAGAAAAUAUGAUGAACUUAGUGUUGGAACUACAGUACGUCUGAGUAUUCCAGAUGUAGAUCGUGCUCGUGGAUCACCAAGAAAUGUAUUAGCGGUUGUAACAGAAGUUAAGGACGAUUUAUACAAGCUAUGCACUGAAAGUGGAUUUUUAAAACAUAUGUACACGAGAUCAGAAAUAAAUCCUUGCAAAGCAAAUUUAUUGGAUCUAAGUACUGUUUUAAAAUCGGCAGGUCAAUCAGAAAAACCGUUAUCACUUCGGGAGGCAGCUACUGUAAAUAGUAUUUCAGGGGCACAAGGAUAUACCCGAUGUCAAUGUAAGACAAAAUGCAAGACGAACAGGUGUGCUUGCAGAUCGGCAUCUAGAAUUUGUAAUUCUAAAUGUCAUGGAAGUUUGCCAUGUGAAAAUAAAAAUGAGUAACUACGUUGCAAAUCAUAAAACAAUGUGAAAAAGCUUAAAUUACAUAAAUUAAAA